CGGGGAGGAGCCGAGCGCGAGGCUGGCUGGUGUCGCUGCCCCCGUGCUCCCCCCUCCGUCCCUGACAGCAGCAGCCGGAGCCACCGGGCGGGCGGGCUGGCAGCAGGUAUGAUGUCAAACACCAUGAGUACGUGACUUCAGAAAUGGACAACUGGAUCUAUUAUAAAUUGUGAUUGGCCUUAAGCUGACUUGCAACCAUAGAAAAACCUCACAGUAUCUCUAUCUCAUUCCUGCUUGAUUCUUAUAUAGUCACCUCACACCACCAGUUCAGUCAUGUAUGGAAGUGCUCGGUCAGUUGGUAAGGUUGAACCAAGCAACCAGAGUCCUGGGCGUUCACCAAGGUUGCCAAGAUCACCGCGCUUGGGUCAUCGUCGAACCAACAGCACAGGUGGGAGCUCUGGAAGCAGUGCUGGGGGUGGGAGUGGGAAAACGCUUUCCAUGGAAAAUAUUCAAUCCUUAAAUGCUGCCUAUGCCGCAUCUGGCCCUAUGUAUCUAAGUGACCAUGAGAAUGUGGGUGCCGACACCCCUAAAAGCACCAUGACUCUUGGCCGAUCUGGGGGGCGGCUGCCUUAUGGUGUUAGGAUGACUGCUAUGGGUAGCAGCCCCAAUAUUGCCAGUAGUGGGGUUGCCAGUGAUACUAUUGCAUUUGGAGACCACCACCUCCCUCCAGUGAGCAUGGCAUCCACUGUGCCUCACUCACUGCGCCAGGCCAGGGAUAACACUAUAAUGGAUCUGCAGACACAGCUCAAAGAGGUGCUACGAGAAAAUGAUUUGUUGCGCAAGGAUGUGGAGGUGAAAGAAAGCAAGCUGAGCUCCUCCAUGAACAGCAUCAAGACUUUCUGGAGUCCCGAGCUAAAGAAGGAGAGAGCCUUGAGAAAAGAUGAAGCUUCCAAAAUCACCAUUUGGAAGGAGCAGUAUAGAGUGGUGCAGGAAGAAAACCAGCACAUGCAGAUGACGAUCCAGGCUCUCCAGGAUGAGCUUCGGAUCCAGCGGGACCUGAACCAGCUGUUCCAGCAGGACAGCAGCAGUAGAGCCAGUGAACCGUUUGUUGCAGAGCUGACAGAGGAGAACUUCCAACGGCUUCAUGCAGAGCAUGAGCGCCAGGCCAAGGAACUUUUCCUGCUGCGCAAAACCUUAGAAGAGAUGGAAUUGCGCAUUGAGACUCAGAAGCAGACCUUAAAUGCCCGUGAUGAGUCCAUCAAAAAGCUGCUGGAGAUGUUGCAGAGUAAAGGACUGUCUUCAAAAGCCACAGAGGAGGAUCAUGAGCGGACAAGACGGUUGGCUGAAGCAGAGAUGCAUGUCCACCACCUGGAGAGCCUGCUGGAACAGAAGGAGAAGGAAAACAAUAUGCUGAGAGAGGAGAUGCAUCGUCGGUUUGAAAAUGCCCCUGACUCAGCCAAGACAAAAGCUCUACAAACUGUUAUUGAGAUGAAGGACUCAAAAAUCUCCUCCAUGGAACGUGGCCUCCGUGACUUGGAAGAGGAGAUUCAGAUGCUGAAGUCAAAUGGAGCUCUAAGCACAGAAGAGCGUGAGGAGGAAAUGAAGCAAAUGGAGGUGUACCGUAGUCAUUCCAAAUUUAUGAAAAACAAGGUAGAGCAACUGAAGGAAGAGCUAAGUGCCAAAGAGGCUCAAGGGGAGGAGCUGAAAAAAAGAGUGGCUGGUCUCCAGGCCGAGAUUGGUCAGGUGAAACAGGAACUGUCACGCAAGGACACUGAGCUGCUGGCCUUGCAGACGAAACUGGAAACCCUCACAAACCAGUUCUCUGACAGCAAGCAGCAUAUCGAGGUGCUGAAAGAAUCCCUUACAGCUAAAGAACAGAGAGCCGCCAUCCUGCAGACAGAGGUGGAUGCACUACGAUUACGUCUGGAGGAAAAAGAGACCAUGCUGAAUAAGAAGACAAAGCAGAUCCAGGAGAUAGCUGAGGAGAAAGGGACUCAAGCAGGAGAAAUACAUGACCUCAAGGACAUGCUGGAUGUGAAAGAACGCAAGGUCAACGUUCUUCAGAAGAAGAUUGAAAAUCUCCAGGAACAGUUAAGAGACAAGGAAAAACAGAUGAGCAGUUUGAAGGAUCGAGUAAAAUCCCUGCAGGCUGACACCACCAACACUGACACUGCCUUGACCACACUGGAGGAAGCACUUGCAGAGAAAGAGCGGACUAUUGAGCGCCUGAAGGAGCAACGGGACAGGGACGAGCGAGAAAAACAAGAGGAGAUUGACAACUAUAAAAAAGAUCUUAAGGACCUGAAAGAAAAAGUCAGCCUCUUGCAAGGAGAUCUCUCUGAGAAAGAGGCUUCCCUGUUGGAUCUGAAGGAACAUGCCUCAUCCCUGGCUUCCUCAGGACUGAAGAAGGAUUCCAGGCUCAAGACUCUGGAAAUUGCAUUGGAGCAGAAGAAAGAGGAGUGUCUGAAAAUGGAAACUCAGCUGAAGAAGCAUCCUGAAGUUUUAUUGAGCCAUCCAUCCAAGCCAGCUCAUGAAGCUACACUGGAGGCCAAGGCCAGCCCAGAGCUGAAUGACCGAUUCCAGCAGCUGGAGAGGGAGGUGGCAUUGUACCAGGAAGACACCAGUAAGGCUCAAGCUGAAGUGGAUCGUCUCCUGGAAAUCCUGAAGGAGAUGGAAAAUGAAAAGAAUGAUAAAGAUAAAAAGAUAGCAGAACUUGAGAGGCAAGUCAAAGACCAAAAUAAGAAGGUAGCAAACCUGAAGCACAAAGAGCAAGUGGAGAAAAAGAAGAGCGCACAGAUGCUAGAAGAGGCCAGACGGAGGGAGGACAAUCUCAAUGACAGCUCCCAACAGCUUCAGGAUAACCUGCGUAAAAAGGAUGAUCGGAUUGAAGAAUUGGAAGAGGCACUGAGAGAGAGUGUGCAGAUAACUGCAGAGCGGGAAAUGGUGCUAGCACAAGAGGAAUCAGCCAGGACUGAUGCUGAGAAACAGGUAGAGGAGUUGAUGAUGGCCAUGGAGAAAGUGAAGCAAGAGCUGGAGUCCAUGAAAGCAAAGCUGUCCUCUACCCAGCAGUCUUUAGCUGAGAAGGAGACCCAUUUAACCAACCUACGAGCAGAGAGGAGGAAACAUUUGGAAGAGGUUCUGGAGAUGAAACAAGAAGCUCUUCUAGCUGCCAUCAGUGAAAAAGAUGCCAACAUUGCUCUGCUAGAGCUUUCAUCCUCUAAGAAGAAGACCCAAGAUGAAGUGGCUGCACUGAAGCGAGAGAAGGACCGUCUGGUGCAACAGCUCAAGCAACAGACUCAGAAUCGCAUGAAGUUAAUGGCAGAUAACUAUGAGGAUGACCACCUCAAAUCCUCAUCCCAUUCCAACCAAACCAACCACAAACCCUCUCCAGACCAGAUAAUUCAGCCCCUUUUAGAACUUGACCAGAAUCGCAGCAAAUUGAAGUUGUACAUUGGACACCUGACAGCCCUCUGCCAUGACCGUGACCCCCUGAUUUUGCGUGGACUCACCCCACCUGCUUCCUACCACCUGGAUGAUGACCGGGCAGCUUGGGAGAAAGAGCUGCAGAAGAUGACCCAAGAACAGCUUCAUGGUGAAUUAGAAAAGGGUGAGAGGGACAGCGCUGAGCUGCAGGAGUUUGCCAAUGCCAUCCUACAGCAGAUAGCAGAUCACUGCCCUGACAUUCUGGAGCAAGUCGUCAAUGCACUUGAGGAGUCAUCAUGACCUCAGCUGCUAGCCCGAACAGAACAGCACGCUCAGUGACCAAGCCCAAUCUGUCCAAGAGGUCAUUAGAAUGGAGAGAAUUGUGAAAGAAGGACAAGGGAACAGGAAAUUUUGGUGCACCUUUUACAAAGAAAGAAAGAAAAACUUUAUAAAAUUACAUGUUAUCUUGGUUCUUCCAGUCUCGGAUUACUGAAUCGUGUCUGCAUUCAUCCUCUCACUGCCUUUCUACUUUGGUAUCCGCUUUCCAGCUAACUUUCUCUUGUUGGUAUUGAGGCUUUUGGAUACAUCUAAGCAGAGACUUGCUGAAUCCAGUCAGCACAGAAGAGGGCUUUUGGACAUGAGUGGCUAUGACUUUUUCUUGAGGUAGUGAAUGGGGGAGCACUUGUCUUUUGUUGCUGGUUUUUUUUCCCAUACAAACUGAAAGUCUGAAUUUCUUAAUACUAAAACUGAGAACACCGAUCAAGACCCAUAGCUGGUCAGCAUCCACUAACUAUCUCAGGAUUUGCUGUCUGUCUCUAAAUUAGUGAUUUCUUAUGGAAAGUCUCCUUAUGUGGUCCUAUUGGUCACUUCCAUGCAGUAACUGUGGGACAAGAUAGGCAUAUGGGUUAUUUCUGAUUGGUGAUUUCUGUUUAUUUAGCCUCACUUUUGUUGUUCAUUGGCUCUGAAGUACUGAGAAUGGCUUGUUUCAGAAGAAUGUUCUUUUUAGUUGGCUUCCUUGGUCUGUCCUAGUUAUUUUGCAUCAUAGUGUACCUCAUCUGUAUCUUGUAAAUUCUUGUUUACAGAGAGCUUCCUUCCUUCAAACAGGCUCUGGGCAGCAGGGAAGUUCCUGAACUUUACUUUUCUCUCUUACUAUUGAUAAUUUUUCAGGCAGUGGCUUUCGUGAAUUCCAGGAGAGGAGUCCUACACAUUGUCUACAUGAGAAAGUUGCAACAGUUUGACUAAAAGUAUGAUUUUUUUUAAACCAAUUUAGGUAAACUGGUAGAACAGGCUGUGUGAACACUCUUACUUCAAUUUAAAUCAGGUUUAUUUUGAUUUAUCUCAAGAAUCGCUUGACGCUAAACUGAAAUAAGCCAUUUUUAAAUCAAAGUAGGAGUAUCUGCACAGUGGUUCUCAAACUUCUGUACUGGUGACCCCUUUCACAUAGCAAGCCUCUGAGUGUGACACACACCCCUUAUAAAUUAAAAACACUUUUUAAUAUAGUUAACACCAUUAUAAA